GGGGAGGGGAACUGACAUUAAAGAAACACCACACAAGGAAACUACACUGCAGACACACGCGCCUUCAUUUUAUGUUUUUGAAUAACAGCCUGGUGGCGAGUGUCCGCACAGAAGUGUUACAUUAACACCGCUGAACUGGCGGAAAGAAAGACAACAUAUCAGUCUGUGGAGAAGUUUCAGAGCAUUUUCCGUCGAUUAUCGCGAAAUGGGCUCAGAGCCACCCUCAUCUCCUCAGGUGGUUGAGGAAGGAGCGGAUGAAGAGGAUGAGGAGUUGAGCGGGGCCGAAGAUGCAGACCUUAGGGCCUCCUCUGGGAGGGGUUCCCUCCUGACCAGGAGAGGCAUCACACUGAGAGUCCUCUUAAAGGACGGUCUUGUGGAGCCUGGAGACGGAGUUCUGUCCAUACACUACCUGGGUAAAAAGUUUGUUGGAGAUCUUUUGAAUGAUGGAAAGAUUCGUUGGGUGGAGACUGGGCAGAUCUUUAACUCUCCAAGUGCUUGGGCAACACAUUGCAAGCGUCUGGUGAACCCGGCCAAGAAGUCUGGCUGUGGCUGGGCCUCGGUGCGCUACCGGGGACAGAAACUGGUCCAGUACAAAACCACCUGGCUACACAAAUACCAGCCCAGUGCCGACAUGAGUCUGGUAAGUGAAGGAGAAGAUGAUGAGAUGGGAGAUGAUGAUGAAGAGGAAGGGAAAACAGCCAUGCCAGUAGAGGACAAGAAUAAAAAGUCCAAACCUGAGCUGCACGACAUUAGCCUGAUGCAGAGGAGAGACAGAGAGAGAAUUCCAGUCAGGUAUUGCACUCUUGGCACCAGAGAUGCUGCAAGGGAUCCUCACACUCUCAUAGAACUGUCUGCCUUUUCUGCGAUCAACCGCUUCCAACCUUUCAAUGUAGCAGUGUCCAGCAACGUUCUGCUGCUAAUGGAUUUUCACUGUCACCUGACCACAAGUGAGGUGGUGGGGUAUCUGGGGGGCCGAUGGGACACUAACACACAGUUGCUUACCGUCUUGAGGGCGUUCCCUUGCCGUACACGGCUGGCAGAUAAAGACGCCGCCCCAGCUGUCGAAGAAGAGAUUUGCCAAAAUCUCUUCAUGCGGGGACUGUCAUUGGUGGGAUGGUAUCACAGUCACCCACGAGGCGCCGCCCUUCCGACUCUGCAGGACAUUGAUUCACAGAUGGAUCACCAGCUCCGCCUACAAGGCAGCAGUAAUGGCUUCCAGCCCUGUCUGGGGAUUAUUUGUGGGCCCUAUUACCAAGGCAACCAAGGUGUGGCCUCCACCAUCACGCCAUUCUGGGUAGUUCCCCCUCCUGAGCAACGACCCAAUGAUUAUGGCAUCCCAGUGGCGGUAGAGGUCACAUACGUGCAAGACCACUUCCUCACUACAGACGUGCUCAAUGAGAUGAUGCUGUUGGUGGAGUUUUAUCGGUCUGCUCCUGACCUUGUGCAGUUCAGUCAGAUGUGGAGUCCUAAUACCUCAAUACUCGACAAAAUCAAGGCUUCUCUGAGUGGCCACGCACCCAAAGACCAGGCCUACGCACAGAUCCUGGAGCAUGUGUACAACCAACUGUGCAACACUCAGUGACCGGCGCAGUUAGAACUGUUGACUUGGGACCUCCCGCCCUGUGCACUGUUAUACUCUAUAUGAAAUGCCUUCAUGGAGGAUAUAUCAUAUAUGCUUCCGUCCAAACUGUUGCCUUUAGGACUGUUAGGUCUGUAUCACUGGCUGUGGUUUAUGAUUCUGCCAUAUCUGUGCUGUGAAACUUGUCUUCCUCUGUGGUAGAAAUGCUUGGUGGGUAGUAAGGGAAAGAGAAGAAGAUGGGUAACUCAGUUCUUUCUUUCUCUUUUGGAUAGUAUUUAUCUGUUUGUGCCAAGUUGACUACUCAAUAUGGGAACAAUGCCUUUUACCUGCUGAAUACCUUAAAAUAUACACUGGAACAAAUGAAAUUUGCUUCUGGCUUCUAACCUCGUAACAAUGUUUUUCUUACCAUACAAUUAAAGAAACAGUUCAUACACAAGUAAAACAAAUGGAGUACUUUCUUGAAUUUAUUUACUUAAAGACGAGUGGAGACAAUAAGAUACAAAUAUUUAGGGUUUGGGAUAUUUAAGAAUAACAAUAUAAUGCAGUUAAAUCUGAAACACACAAGAAGAGACUUUAAAACUACAACAUACAUCAGCCUGCUAUUAAACUAACAUGCAAAAAUCAUUAAUAAAAAGGUUGAAUGGUUUUGUAUGCAUAUAAAAAAUAAUAAUAUAAUACUAAAAAGAACAGUACCGGAAUGAUUUAUUUUCAUGAAAAUCAUUCUGGUACCCUCAUUCGAUUAGAUCAAAAUAACCCAUUUGUUGUUGUUUUUUUUUUUUUAAAGUUGUAGUGUUGCAAAGGCACAUCUGUACACAUGCUUGUACAUCUGGUCACAGCUCAUGCCAAAUACUGAAACCAACAAGCCCUUUGUAAACAAAGAAAAAGGACAGACAAAAACUACAUAUUAGCUCAAAAAUCAUAAUAUUUUGUUUGGUUUUCUAGAUUCAUUCUUGCCAUCGAAAAGGCACUAAAACUCUUUUCACAAUGAAACAGUGAUCGUAGCCUGUCUGCUUCAGCACAUCUACAACAGUCUGUUACGGUGAGCAAAACAUACCAUGGACAAGACAUGUAAACAGAUGUUGAGAGGAAAAGGACACAGAGGUGCUCUAUCCAGACAGGACUCGGAGUCGGGGUGGACGGUGUGUAGGUCCAUGCUUUUAUGGAGUGUGAUGGUA